AGGUAGACGACACAAGCAGAGAUCCACAGUACAGUAGUUGUUUGCUGUGACGUCGCCAUCAACAUGAAGUUCCUCUUGCUGGUGUCAUUGGCGGCCGUCGCUUCCUCAGUUAUCGAGGGAGCGCCGCUGGACGAGGAGUUUGGCUACGUCGACGUGCGUCCCGGGGCCCACAUGUUCUGGGUGAUGUACCACGUGGACCAGGAGGACGACUACACCAACUACCCGCUCAUCAUGUGGCUCCAAGGAGGACCUGGCUCCUCGGGGGUCGGUUUUGGUAACUUCGAGGAGAUGGGACCCAAAGAUCUUAACGGCAACAACAGGAAAUACGCCUGGACAAAGUCAGCCAACCUGAUGUUCGUGGAUAACCCUGUAGGGACGGGAUACAGCUACGUGGAUUCCUCCAAGGACUUCGCCAUUGAUAACAUGCAGAUCGCCGCCGACUUGGUGGCGUUGGUGAAGGAAGUGUUCACCAAGAACCCCGACAUGCAGAAAAUGCCUUUCUUCGUGUUCGCCGAAUCUUAUGGCGGCAAGAUGACCGUCGACUUUGCUCUCGCUUUGGAUGAAGCAAUCAAGAAUGGCGAAGUGGUGAGUGACUUCCGGGGCGUCGCUCUGGGGGACUCCUGGAUCAGCCCCAUGGACUCUAUCAACACCUGGGGCACCUACCUUUACCAGAUGGGCUGGGUGAACCGUGAAGGGCUGAAUAAGGUGGACGCGGCAGCAGCUAAGGCCCAAACAGCGGUGGAUGAAGAGAGAUGGACGGACGCGACCAACGAGUGGAGUGCCUCUGAGGGUGUUGUGUCUUCUGUCGCCCAUAAUGUUAACUUCUACAACGUGUUGGCUAAGGAGGACAUCUAUCUCAUGAAGCCCCAACACAGCCACAGACGCCAUGACCUGUCCUUCAUGUCUCCCGCCGUCCGUAAACUAUACGAGCGCCACGUAGGCCGCCUGCACCAAAAACUCGGGGACUCCCUCUACGAUUUCAUGAACGGAGCGCAGAAAGAGCACUGGGUGAUCCCCGACAGUGUUGAGUGGGACGGCCAGGGCGGCAACGUUUUCGACCAGCUCAGUGAAGACUUUAUGAAGCCUGUCGUUGACUCCGUGGUGCGGCUGCUGGCCGAGACAGACCUCAUGGUAAACGUCUACACUGGUGACCUCGAUCUCAUCUGCGACACACCAGGUACAUAUAGAUGGAUCGAGAACAUGGAGUGGGAGGAUAAAGUCAAUUUCAUGGCAGCCGACACCAAAGCCAUUCACAUCACUGAGUACUCGAGCCCCGCUGCCCUCCUCCAGAGCUCCAAGAAAUUCGCCCUCUACACCAUCUUCCGCACGGGUCACAUGGUACCCAUGGACGUUCCUGAGAUGGGCCUCAAGUUGGUUGACCUGAUCGUCGGGACUCCGACACAUACACCAGAAACACCGAAGCAAGAGACAACCAAACAAGAAACACCCAAGCAAGAGGCACCCAAGCAAGAGGCACCCAAGCAAGAGGCACCCAAGCAAGAGGCACCCAAGAAAAUGACACCACGUAAACAUGUCCCAGUGCCACUGAGUGCGGUAGACCACAACGCUAACAGACGCAGAGCCCAGGUAGUGGCGACAGACCUCAACCCAGCUACACCCACCGGCAAACGCUACGUUAAGAUGAUCCCAAACAACCCAGGCUUCCGCAGGGGCUAGCUGGACGGGGUUGAACUGUCCAAGGGAAAUUCCUCUUCUUAACCUCGCGUAGUUCUCCCAGCGAUUCUUACAGAGCUUCUUCUACCUGUUCUUAUAAGAGUAAUUCUACCUGAGUUUAUAGAGUCCUCUUAACUCUUAAGAGGUGUUAAACUCUAUCACUAGUACUAGCUCUAGCUACUGUUGCUUAAUAAGAAUUCUAGAACGUA